AUGAGACGGUUCAGGGGCGUUUGGGAUAAUAAGGCUGUGCUGAUUGAUCAAAAGAUGGAGUUGGAGACCGGUCGUUGCCAUGUUGUUGUUGCUGUUGUUGUUGGCGCAGCCGCAACAACUUUGUCACGGCUUCUCUUAGGUAUUUCACUGUGCGGUCUUAUCAUUGAAAUCCUCCCUUCACUUUGGCAAGCAAUUAGAUCCAUGUCAUCUGCAAAGCUUUUUGUCGGAGGAAUUUCUUAUAGCACUGAUGAUAUGAGUCUGCGAGAAGCUUUUGCUCGCUAUGGAGAAGUAAUUGAUGUGGUCCGAAGAAUCCAAUAUGACAGUCAUAGAGUGGCUACUUGGAGCGAUGAAUCGCUUUUGUCGCAGAUUAGAUUCCCUCACAUUUACGUUUCUAAAACACCUUAA